AUGGUACACCAGGUGGAGGAUCGCCACCAACGCCGAAAAGAGCUCGGCCCUCGAGAUCUGAACAUGCCCACCAUCAAGGAAUUCAACACCGCCGCGACGGUGAAGACCUUCGACACCAGAACGAGGUCAGACAUCGAAAUGUUCUUUGAACACGUGCUAACAGUGUUACUAUCUUGCCUUUUUGCGCUUGGGGCAGAACAAGAUGACAAAAACGAGACAAUCAGGUACUAUGCCAAGCUGAUUCGUGAGGAAACCUCGAAGGCGUACAAAAAGCCUUGGCCGCAAGACUCCUAUAAAUACGCACCAAAGGAAAAGGGCACUAUAAAUUAUGGAACCUUCGACCACAUUAUUGUAGGGGCGGGAUCCGCUGGGGCGGUGAUCGCGAGUCGACUCUCAGAAGACGCCUCCCGAAACGUUCUCGUGUUGGAUGCCGGUGGUUACUCAAACAAUUUCUCAGAUAUUCCCGGCAUGUUACCUUACUUAACCGGGCUGGAGGAGUACAAUUGGGGUUACCUAAGCGUGCCUCAGAACACAUCGUGUCUAGGGAUGAAGAACAACCAGUGCACCAUGACCCGAGGAAAAGGAAUCGGAGGAAGCAGCAUGAUCAACGGACUGCUUUACGUUAGAGGCAACCGGGUGGAUUACGACAACUGGUAUAGGGAGGGGAACGACGGGUGGUCAUACCGCGACGUUCUGCCUUAUUUCAAGAAAUCUGAAGAUUUUCCGGAAGGUGACCCCAAGUAUCACGGAAAAUCCGGCAGUUUGAGGGUUGAGGUGCCAAGACCGGCCAGUCCGCAAAUCGACGCGUUUCUUGAAGCGAAUAAGUACUUGGGACGAAAAGAUCUCGAUUACAAUGGGGAAGAGCAGCUCGGCUACGGAAGGGUUCAGCUGAAUGUCGACCAUGGAAAAAGAGCGAGUAGUGGCUACGCCUUUUUGUUGCCGGUCAAAAACAGGACAAACCUGAAGAUACUGACGCACAGUUACGCCACCAAGAUUGAAAUUGAUGAACGAAAGCGAGCCGUUGGGGUGCGGUUUACUAAAGAUGGCCGAACGUACGUGGCAAAAUCGCGUCAGGAUGUCGUGAUAUCAGCCGGAGCGUUUGGUUCACCUCAAUUGCUAAUGCUGUCUGGUAUUGGACCCAGAGAACAACUGCGGCGCUUAGGAAUAGACGUUAUAGAAGACCUACCCGUGGGCGAACAACUCUUAGACCACAUCUCCUUUUUCAACUUGAACUUCGCAACAAACUACACCAAGCACCGCUCCAGUUUGGAGCACAAUAUCGAAGACUACCUCAACGGCACGGGCGUGCUUGUCAACCCGUUCCACUUAGAAACGCUAGUAUUUAUGCAAACGAAGUACGCCAAAACACCAGGAGUGCCCGAUUUUGAGGCCCUAAUGAUACCAUCCAUUAGUUCCAACGAGAUGACCUCCAAGUUUUGGAACAUACGAGAUGAACUUGAAGCAAAAGAUAACCACCCGGAAAGCGACUUUUCAAUAUGCGGCAUCCUCCUACACCCUAAAUCGCGCGGAUAUCUCCGACUGAAAUCGAGAAACCCCUUCGACUACCCCAUCAUCAACCCCAAUUGGCUAUCCGACCCCGAAGACCAAGACAUCGACGUGCUUUACGAGGGGAUCAAGAUGAUUCUGGAAAUGGUCGAUACCCCUCCAUUUCGAAACCUGGGCACGAGGCUGAAGUACGACAAUUUGCCCGCGUGUAAAAGCUUUCAGUACCUGUCCAGAGGCUACUGGCACUGUUUUAUUAGGCACUUCGGCACGGCAAUCUUUCAUCCCAUUGGGACGUGUGAGAUGGGCACGCAUCCGUCGAGAGGGGCGGUCGUCAGUCCGGACCUGAAGGUUUUUGGCGUUUCGAAUUUGCGCGUCGCCGACACCAGCGUGUUUCCUUUGACUACGUCGGGUCACACAAACGCGCCUGCGAUGAUGGUGGGCGAAAAGGCUGCAGAUUUGAUAAAGCAUGAGUGAAU